AAAAAUAUUUUUAUUACUUUUUUUUAAUGCAUAACACAAAUUUUUUGUUUUCCUCUUCUUACAAACAAGAUCUUGUUCUCCAUAAAAAAAAUAACAACAUUAACAGCUGGAGCAUAAAAUAAAUUCAUGUUAAUAUGUCAUUCAAUAUUUUUUAAUUCACAUUUUUCAUUUUUAUCUCCAUUCUUUUAUUUAUAUUAAGUGCAAAUAAAGUUAUAUAAUAAAUAAUCUAAAUGGGCUCCGAGCAGUCACAACAUGCAUCAACAGGAACAGCAGCAUCUGGUUCGACGCAUUCAACACCUCAAAGAUUGAAUCAGCGACCAGCAUCGAUAGCAACAUCAGAUACACUUCGCUUGCAACGCGGGUAUACAAUUGCUGGACCACCAACAAGUGAUAAUUUGAAUAAUAGCCAACUUGUUGAUAAUAGCUCGACACCUCCACUUGAUUCUCGACCAACUUCUCCACCAAUGAGUGUAUGUUCUGACUCUGAUUUACCAUACAUAUCGUAUACAGAUAAACCAAUAGGAGAUUCGCCAAAAUUAAGAAAUAAAGGUCAAAAAUUUAAUAAAACACGACCAGCUGUUAACUUAAGAAGGCAAUCAACGUCAGCAGCAUCGAGUCGUGGUAGUAAAAUUGCAACAUCAGGCACAAUGGUUGUUGUUAAUAAAGGCACGGCAAAAGAUAGUGGGGGUGUAGAACGUGAUGCAGAAAUUUUACGUCUUCAGAGUAUUCCCAUGUUCUUGCCAGUUAUGCGUGGAACGUUAACUUUGCCCUCAUAUAGAGAUCCUGAAAUUUUGGAGAGAUUACAACCAAAUCACGUGCUGAAUAUGUGUACUCGUUUACAGUCUCACUAUAAUUUGUGUGCGACGAAAAUUGCUCAAGACCAAGAAGUAAUAAAUAAUAAAGUUAAGGAAGUAGACCAAGAUGUAGGAAAACUUUUAAAUAAAAUGAUUGAGCGUCAAAAACAAUUCUCAACUUAUGCUGAUGCAUUCUCUCGCGUACGACAAAUCUCACAACAAUUAAGUCGUUGUAACUCAUUACUCAAUCAAAACAUAGAACUGAUGGAAUCAUUAAAUAAUGUUUUGGACGUAGAUAAUCGUUUGGAGCCAUUCGUAUGGACCACAAAAUAAAUUUUUCAACAUUUAUUUCUAUUAAUGCAAUGCAUAUGUUUAUAUUUUAUCAUUCCAUUUAUGUGCGUUAAGUUUAUUUAAAAAUAAUUAAAGUGCUUGUUAUGGGCUUAAAGAUGUAACACAAUGGAAAUAGAUUAUUGCUAAACAGAAAACAACUCAAAGUUUAAAAUAAAAGAUAUAUAAAAAUGGCAAUUGCCCACAUGAUGCUGAAUC